CUUGUGCACACACGUCUGAGAGCAAGUGUCCUGGUUUCACUUGCUAAGUUUCACUUAGACUUAUGUGAUACAUACAAAUAGUCGGUCCCUCUUUUAGCAUUAUUAGUUGUCUGAAAUCUUUAUUAUCACGCCACCAUGAAUUUUUCCUGUGAAAUAUGCGAUAUUAGAUUUGCGUCCGAAGCAGCUUUGAAGGCACACAAAACAAGUGAGAAACACUUGAAUCGAGCUGAAGCUUUUCAUUCUUGCUUACUGGAAGCAGCCCACAGUGUUCAUGUGACAGGCUUUUCUCGAAACGUUGGCAAAGAUGCAUUGUACAACUAUUUCAUGCAGUUUGGUAAAGUUGUUGAUGUUACAUAUGUUGAUCAGAAUAACUCAUGGGGUCCAUUUGCAUUUGUUAAAUUUGAAAAUCUGGCUGUUGCUUCGCAUGUUUUAAGAUAUAAACAACAUUGUUUUGGUAAGCAUUUCAUCCGUGUACAACCGAAAAGAAUGAAAUUUAAUGCUCAACUCCCCUAUCGGCCCGGUCAGUCUGGCCAGCGUAAAGUCUCACCACUGAAGAAGAGGGGUAAACAUAUUCAGCCGCUUGAACAGGUUCAUGUCAAAGACAUCAUUGCAAAUCUUCAGAAAGAAAUUUUGGAGAAAAUCACUGUCGAUGAACAAAUCAUGCUUCUAUUCAAACAGCUACGAUUGACAGAUAAAGAACUGCAGAAGAGAGAUGAAUUUUGCAAGCUUUUCCGCAAUAUUUUGAAUCCUUAUUUUCCUGGUUGUUCUGUUAGUCUCUUUGGAUCUUCGGUUAAUGGAUUUGGUGUUAGAGGCUGUGAUAUCGAUGUGUUCCUGGAUCUUCAUAGACCAAUGCCUAAAGAUUUGAAGGAACAAUCAGAUGAUGCUAGCGCCAGUCUGAAAUUUAUUAAAAACCAGGCAGUUCCCAUGGAUGAGUUUCUUCAAUUAACGGCCUAUAAACAAGUUAGAUUUCUUCAAAAGAUAUUGAGUAAACACCUCAGGGAUACAUUUGGCAAUUUCUUCCCCAUACCAAGUGUCCAGUGUCCAAUUGUCCGAUUUAUUCACAAAAAAUCCAACAUCACCUUUGACUUAUCUCUCCAAAACAAGAAUGGAUUACACAAUACAGUUCUCCUCAAAUACUUCUCAUCAUACGACUGGAGAGUAGCCCCUUUGGUGUGCAUUAUCCGUUUAUGGGCUAAGUACCAGAAGUUAGCGAGCAUUGGUGGUACAAGUUUUUCCAGCUAUUCAAUCACCUUACUUAUCCUGUUUUUCUUACAAAACACUCAACCUGCGGUCCUACCAUCUGUCAAAGAACUUAUAGAGCUGUGUACUCCAGAAGAAAGAAAUAUUGUAGAUGACUGCAACUAUUCCUGCCCCAAGAGACCUCCAGAGCAAGUUUUACCAGCAAGCAAGAACACAGAUAAUUUAGAGACUCUAUUAAAUAAAUUCUUUGACUUCUACUUACACAUCGACUAUGAAAGUACUGUGAUAUCAACGCACACAGGCCAGCUUCUGCCACGGUCCGACUUUGAAAAUGAUCCAGAGCUUAAAACUUUUAAGUUGAGCUCAGUUUGUGUUCAAGAUCCUUAUAUUUUGGUAAUCAACACUGCGGGAAAUGUUACAGACAAAGUGAAAAUGGACUUUAUAAAAGGACUUUUCAAAGCUCAAACUCAACUUUCCGCACCCAAGUCUGACAAAAAUUUGUGGGGCAUACCUAGUAUUCUUGUUGUUGAAGAACCACCCCCUAAGGGGAGAGAAAGAUUUAAGGAAAGACAGUCAUUUGCUCAACCAAUUCUCCUUAAUUUUCCUAUCAAUGUCUGCCGUUUAAACAAACAUCUGACAGAAUUUUCCAAAAAAUCUGAAUGCAACCAGCUUUUAUGGUGCCAAGUUUUCUGCGUGUUCCUGAAAACAGUAUUGAGUGAUCUACUUCUAAUAGAAUGUUCUAAAACGUGUGAUAUUGAUAGUUCGAUUUUGAACCAAGAAUGCAGCAACGAAGAAUUUCCCAGUAAAGGAGGAAAGAAGAAAAGGAAAAAAACAAAAGAUGUAAGACCAUCGACUGGUAACGAAUCAGAGACAAAUGUCACUCCUGGCAUUUUGAAACUCGGUGAUAUUUUGAAGCAGAGUCAAGAGAAGAAGGAAGAGGAGGAAGAAGAGGAGGAGGAAAUGCUUAAAGAAAACCUCAAGAAUCUUGAUCAAUCAUCAUCCAAUUCUUCAGAAACUGCUAUGAAUGUUGAAAGCACUGAAGGAAGUGACAGUCCCGUAACUGGCCAAAAGGAUUCUAACCUCCUUGGCGACGGUCCCAGCAGUGAUGCAGUCACAAUCACAGAAGUUCAUGAAGGCGUUGAUUUGUUGUCCGACAUCGGCACCAAGCGGAAACAAGGAAACGCAAAGGAACUUAUCGACCUCGUUUGUACUGUUAAACACCACAUCUGGUUCAAUCGAAAGAACGUACGACAGAAACUUAUAGCCCAGGGCGACUGUACUCCUUUUGAACUAGAGAAAAAAAUUAGCAACCAUAUUAUUAGCGCAGAGAAAGAUUCCACUGAAAAACCAAUAACCAUAUUUCGGUUGAACGUGAUUCCCGACGUAGAAUAUAUGAACCUCACCUCUGUUUCUGUUCAUAUAACUCCAGUUCUAACGUCCAACAAAGCUGCGGCUUUGAAACCCUCACAUGGAAUCUAUGAUUUUUUGAUAUCUUUCCUCAACCGAAUGAUCUCGUCACACUUUACCAAAUGGUGUAUUUCAAACUGUACAGACGAUUUGAAUUUUUCCUCACUCUGAAGACCGUCACGAGGUUCAAGAAAAACUGGAAAAUAUUAAACGCAUGUCUUUCAGUGAGAAAACAAGGGGGGG